CGCCAUUUCGCACCGGGACGGGAAGGGAAGGGAAGGGACCCGGAGCGGGAAGGGAAAGGAGAGAGGAGAGCAAGGGACGCGACGCGGGCACGGCGGGUGCCGGGAGCUCCCGCGGCACGGCCAGCCAGGGAGGGAGCUGCUUCCCGGUAAUAGUAGAGGAUCCUGACGCUGAAUGAGAAGGCACCGGCAGCAUCCUCGUUAGUGGGAGCCCAGCUCUGCUUAAUGUUGGUUUCUUUGUCAUCAGGUCUGCUAAAAAAUGACAGAGUAUAAACUUGUGGUGGUUGGAGCUGGUGGUGUAGGCAAGAGCGCCUUGACAAUACAGCUAAUCCAGAAUCACUUUGUGGAUGAAUAUGACCCCACAAUAGAGGAUUCCUACAGGAAGCAAGUAGUAAUUGAUGGAGAAACCUGUCUCUUGGAUAUUCUUGAUACAGCAGGUCAAGAAGAAUACAGUGCAAUGAGGGAUCAAUAUAUGAGAACAGGGGAAGGCUUCCUGUGCGUGUUUGCCAUAAACAAUACAAAGUCUUUUGAAGAUAUUCACCAUUAUAGGGAACAAAUAAAGAGAGUUAAAGACUCAGAAGAUGUCCCAAUGGUGCUAGUAGGAAACAAAUGUGAUUUGCCUUCCAGAACAGUAGACACAAAACAAGCUCAGGAUUUAGCAAGAAGUUAUGGAAUUCCUUUCAUUGAAACAUCAGCAAAGACAAGACAGGGUGUUGAUGAUGCCUUCUACACAUUAGUUAGAGAAAUCAGAAAACACAAAGAGAAGAUGAGCAAAGAUGGUAAAAAGAAGAAAAAGAAGACAAAGACAAAGUGUAUAAUUAUGUAAAUACAAUUUAUCCUUAUUCCUAAGAAGUACUGAAGUAAUUUUGUACAUUACACUAAAUUAUUAGCAUUUGUUUUAGCAUUACUUUACUUUCUGCUUCAUGAUCCUGUUAGCUUUACCUGAAUGCUUGUUUUAAAUGACAGUGGAAACUUCAUUCCUCUUAAAGUGCCAGUAUUCUUUGACUGUUGGUUCUUGAACUAGCAAUGCCUGUGAAAAAAAAAAAACCAAAAAACAAAAAGAAAACAAAAAAAAAACCCACAAAAAACCUGAGAAUUGUCUUAGGACUCUUCGGUGCAUGCACAGUUGCUAACUUCCUAUUUUUCUUACUGAUUGUGAACUUCUGUUCUGUGUGCAAAGCAAACAAAUGAUGCUCUACACAUUUUAACAUCCCCUCUGAAUUUUUGGAUUUAUAAAUUUGGUUGGAUAAAUGGACUAGUUAGCAAAAGAAACUUUCAUUUCAGCCUUUCCUUUGUUUUAGACUGAUUGCAAUAGAGAGAGACCAGAAGCCUUUAUAGUCUUCCUGUAGAUUUUGCUUCUAGGCAUCUAGUCUUGUAGCAUUUCAGAUCAACUUUAAUGAAUGUAAAGAGAAAACUGUCAAAAAAAAUUUCACUGCAAUUUGUCACAGUCAUUCCUUAAAUAUUCUAUUUUUUCUAUUAAAAAUUAAAAAAAAAAAAGGAAAAAAAUCUAAAAAGACAACAAUGCACACCUGGCAAUGGAAAAAGUAAAAGUUCUAAUUAGGUUGAUUUGCUAUUGUUAAUGCAUUGCUUUAAGAGUUUCACUGACUUUUUGUGUCUGAAGAGCAAGGUGAAAUACCCCUGUGUCAAAGCAUUGAGUAGCUUUGUUCAGUAGGGUCAGGAUUUCACCCGGAGUGUCCCUAGGAAAUACUAGAAUGCCUUAACAGAGAAGUUGAUUCAAAUUCUUAGGUUAAUUCAUACUUGGACCCAGAAUUUACUGUAAGAAUUAAAUAAAAAUCAGUCCUAUUACAGAGUGCAGUAAAACCAUUCUUUUUCUUUCCCCCAAGAAUGGCAUUAAAGAUGCCCAUUUCGUGCAAAAUAGCUGAGAAAUUCUAAAUUCUAGCAACAUCAGAUGAGUGACUGAAAGAGUUGAAUUUAGCUGCUUCAUGCAAAUAAUUUGGAAAUCCACUAUGCCACGGAAAUGGUGUGGAAUUUGCACAAUCUGUCAGCAUAGAACAUGGUUUCCAGAGUCAGUGUUUGUGUGAUGUCUGUGAAGUACUGAUUCAAUGGUUGGUGAGUGGCAUUCCAGUGUCUGCACUGCCAUGAAGCUAAACCAAGAGUUUAAUGUUGUCUUUCUCUGUGAUUAAGUUCUCUUGUGAUUUUUGUUAUUCUCUCCCCCCACCUUGUUUUUGGGUUAUUUUUGGUUUGUGGUGUGGGUUUUUUUUGUUUGU